GUAAUGCCUUUGCCUUUCUCUGUUUAGCUAAUUUGAAAGCAUUGCAAUACUUAAUCACCUUUCAGGUUUCCAUGAUGGAUAAAGAUCCUUAUGUUGGGCGAACAUUAACUGGACGUGUAUUUUCUGGAGUUGUUCAUGUUGGGGAUAAAGUACAUGGGCUACAUAAUACUGAGUCAGGGAUUGUCAAAGUUGAAGAAGGAAAGGUCACGAAAUUGAUGAAGAAGAAGGGUAUGAGUGCAGUUUCAGUUGAAUGUGCUGGUGCUGGGGACAUAGUGUCAAUGGCUGGCUUGGCAACUCCAGCAAUUGGUCAUACGGUUGCAAAUGUGGAGGUUUUGUCAGCUCUGCCCACUGUUGAUCUUGACCCUCCUACAAUUUCCAUGACUUUUGGUGUUAAUGAUUCUCCAUUGGCUGGGCGUGACGGAAUCCAUUUGACUGGAGGAAAAAUUGGUGAUAGGUUAAUGGCAGAAGCAGAAACAAAUCUUGCUAUAAAUGUGCUUCCCAGCACGUCAGAGUCAUAUGAAGUACAAGGGAGGGGUGAACUUCAACUAGGCAUCCUAAUUGAGAACAUGAGACGCGAAGGAUUUGAGCUGUCUGUCUCUCCGCCCAAAGUCAUGUAUAAAUAUGAGAAAUCUCAAAAGCUUGAGCCUAUUGAAGAAGUGACCAUUGAGGUUGAUGCUGAGCAUGUUGGUUUAGUCAUGGAAGCACUCUCUCAUAGGCGUGCCGAAGUGACAGACAUGGGCCCUGUCCCAGGAAAUGUUGAUAGGACAAGGAUUUGUUUGACUUGUCCUUCAAGAGGGUUGGUUGGUUACAGAAGUGUGUUCAGUAGUGAUACCCGUGGCACAGGAUUUAUGCAUCGUGCUUUUCUUAAAUAUGAGAAGCACCGUGGUCCUCUUGGAAAUGUCAGAAAAGGUGUUUUGGUAUCUAUGGGAUUCGGAACUACCACAGCUCAUGCAUUGACGAGUCUAGAAGCUCGUGGAGUUCUCUUUGUCAGUCCCGGGGUAGAGACAUAUGAUGGCAUGAUUGUUGGAGAACAUUCUCGAGACAGUGAUCUUGAUAUUAACCCGGUAAGGACAAAGGAGCUCACCAAUAUGCGUGCUGCUUGCAAGGAUGAGAACGUGAAGCUAUCUCCUCCCAGACAGAUGACUCUUGAAGAAGCAAUAGGAUAUGUUGCAUCCGACGAGCUCAUUGAGGUUACACCAAAAGCCAUCAGGCUAAGAAAGAGAUAUUUGGACGUCAACAAGCGUAAAGCUACGAGGAACAAACCCAAGGAUUGAAAAGCUUUUGACGAUUUGCAGCUUCACGCUAUUUUCGGAGUCCUUUAGACUCUAUAUGCUCACUUUAGACUCCGUAUUUAUACGUACAUUUUUUUUGACAUACAUACGGUCUGUAAAUAACUGCUUCCUGUAACACCCCAUUGAGGAGAAUGAACCUUUGUUGUGCCAAAUGGUAGAACCAAUAAGUGAAGCUCUCUCCAUCACAUUUAUUCUUUGUUGUGCCAAAUGGUUGUAGUACAUUUUUUUUAAAAUGUUUUUUUUGUUACAGUUCAUUAGCAAGGGUGCACUGUGUUUUCCCACAUAUUUUCUUCUUUUUAAAAUGGAAGAUAAAGCUUGGGGAGCCCC